GCAUGCCUUAUGGAUUUCGGGUUGUCAACUGUCCUAGGCAGGCUUCUAGAUGACUCCGUAAAUGAAGAUUCAAAGAUUCAGCAUGGUGCAAUCAGGUGGACUGCGCCUGAGUUGCUGACUACCCACAAUUACCCCACUGAUCUCAAACUGACCACAAAGCACAACAUAUAUUCCUUUGGUUGUGUCAUGUUCCAUGUGUUAUCCCUGGUCAUUCCUUGGCAUGAUAUUGAUGACUACACAAUCUUUCAAAAAAUCCUUUGUGGAGAGGAUAUCUUGCAUCCUGAAACAUCUGAUGCGACAUCCAAUAUUACAGACACCUGCUGGGAUCAGAUUGAGCAGUGUUGGUUGGUUGAUCCAUCUACUCGUCCAUCUGCCUUAAUGGCCUUGGACUUUAUAAAGAGUGAACUAGAGGUUUUGAAACAAGAUGUAAGCACAUGA